AUGGCCGACGUGGAGAUGGACGUCGACGAGCCCGGCUCACCCCCGCCUGCCGCCCAGGCAAAGGUCGACGACAUGGUGACACACUCCAAGGCCACUGCUGUGCGAUCCAUAGAGGGCUGGAUCAUCGUUGUGACGAACCUGCACGAGGAGGUUGAUGAGGAGACAAUCCACGACACCUUUGGCGAGUAUGGUGAGGUCAAGAACCUGCACCUCAACCUGGACCGUCGCAGCGGUUACGUCAAGGGCUACGCGCUGAUCGAGUACCCUACCCUUGCCGAGGCCCGUGCUGCCAUCGACGGCGCCCACCAGACAAAGCUGCUCGACCAGACCAUCCAGGUCGACUUCGCCUUUGUGCGGCCCCCUCCCAAUGCCGGCGGGAAGAACAGCCGUGGCGGUGCGGGCGGGCGCGUCGGAGGCGCGGGCGCGGGCGGAGGCGGAGGCGGAGGCGGCCGGCGCAACCGCAGCCGUAGCAGGAGCCCCGGGGCUGGCAGGGACCGUGACACGCGGGAUGAAAAGGACGAGAUCUAG